UCGCUUCUCUCAGUCGGUGGUUGCGCGCCGCUCCGCUCGCAACUCCGCGGGCUUGCCUUGGUGCGCGAGGUUUUGCUCUUCGCGGCGGUGUUUUUGUUAAUUUUUUCCUUAUGUGGGUGCGCGGACUAGGGGUCGCCUGCUGAGGCCCAAACCUCGACCCCCAACGAGCUUCUUGUGCUUUUCUUUUUUUGUUUUGUUUCGUCGCUUCUGUUUCUGUGUCGCGCGCCUGAGUUUCUUCUCUUUUUUUUUCGGAUUACUUUGCUUUCCUCCGCGUGUCCUUCGACGCUGAGGAGAAGGAUCAGCUGUCAUCUUCUCUGACGUCUGCAGAGGAAGGAUAUAUGGAAGCGCAGUUUCUCCGCAUCCCUAUCGGCCAAGUUGUGAGUUGUUGAAGCUAUUGCUACGCUGGAUUCUAUUGGCUCGCGAUCUGAGCUUAGGUUUUCGUUUUUCAUGUUUCCCCUUAGUGCAAUUAUUUAACGCAAAUUUACUGUACGUAUUAUCUUAUUUUGCAAGCUAUUGUUUUCUCUCUUGAUCCUCUCGGAACGAGCUACCAAUAUUUAUUAAUUUAAGGUUACGCGAUCCGGGUGCUUCCAGUUCCCUGAGGUUACGACCGAGUGUCUUCACAGAUCGUGUUUGCUAUACGGGCGCGGCUUCUUUCCUUAUCGAAGCGUUAUCGCUCGACAUUGUCUGCUUUUUCAGCCUAUCUCUGACCCGUUCAGCUUCUUGCGUGUAGUUUAUUGCCGCCGUUAGCUCUGGAAGCGCGGACACAUUCCAAGUCGCUGAUACAGCGGAAGCACUUCUUAACGAACCUCCGCGCGUAGCAGUGACCUUCCUGCGCACUUAAGCGGCGCAGCCUAGUGGCGAAGCCGAACCUGCUUUUAGCGUCGGCCAUAGCGCUGUGCGGUACUCGUUCUAUAUUUUAUAGGGAAUGCGAAUAAAAAAACUAGCGAUUUUUUGCAUUGGAUAAAGUAGAUAACAGAUUCCAUCUGUCGCAUAAGGAAGAACUUGUAGGAUGAAACAAGCAUAGGUGCUGAGGAAAAGAAAAACGGAAAGUGAAACGCGAAGGACGUGGUCUCGAAGCGGAGCAGACGACGCCGUUUUUAGUUUCGUCGAGGACUUCAUUGCCGCGAGCAGACGACACGGUUGCGCACAACACUAGAAAUCAAGGAAGGAAAAUACGGAGAAAUUGCUCCUCGUGAAGUGACGGUGAAAGCAAAGUAAAAAAAAAAAGCGAUUGGGAAAGGCGGCUAUCGGGUCGUCUUCGCCGGUGCCACUUUUUUUUUUUUUUCAUCCAAGAUGUCGGCCUGGCCCGGUGUUCUCGCGCGCAAUGGUCGGUCGAGCCGCAGCCGGGUGCAGCUGCCGCGGCGCGGAUAUCGUCUGCUGGAUAACGGUCACCGCCGCGGGCAGACGACGGCUCCUACCGCUGUCGUCUGCUUCGUGCCCCGCGCAGCUUCUGCGUGACGCUUUCCCCGAGUGUUGUGAGGAAGCAAAACGCCCCUUCUAAAGCCGCGUUUCGAGUGCGCGGUUGAUGACAAUGCGUUGCGAUGGGUUUGGACCGCGGGUCCCACGAGACGAUUGACGUGAAGAAGUAAAGAAGACGUCGUGCCGGUCGCUGGUGUGCGUGUGUGUGUGUGUGCGCCGUACGUGAAAAAAAAAUAUGCGCGUCGCCGGGAACUUGACUACUGCGAGCAGACGACUGAUCAAGACCCGGAUGAUGACGUCCCUUGCCCGGCUUAUGCUACUUCUGCUCGAAAUCGUCUGCCUCUGCCUCCUAAUCGCCGCUCCAGCGCAUGCCGCCCCGGCCUUUGAUAACGGUGAUGGCGAGGCGGAGAAGAUCUUCGUGCGCGUCGGGGCCAACGUGACCUUCCGCUGCCCGGACCUGCCCCAGUCGGGCCAGCAGCCGCGCCACCUGACCUGGUGGAAAGAGGACCGGCGGCUGAUCGAGGCGACCCGCGAGCGCGUCACCGUGGCCCCCGAGGCCGGAGCCCGGGUCGCACUGAUGCCCGGCUCCAGUGCGCUGCUCUUCCGCUCGGUGGUGGCCGAGGACAGCGGAGAGUACCAGUGCGUGGUCAACAACCGGCAGGGCAGGCGGGGCAUCGUCCGACUCUACGUGCAGGAUGUGCCCGACCCACCAGGAAUCCCCAUCGUGGUGGGCUUCACCUCACGUUCCGUCAACCUGUCCUGGACUUCGAGCGUAAACACGCACAACAGUCCCAUACUGCAGUACAUCAUACACAUCAGAAUCGGGGAGAAAGGUGACUGGGACACGCGGAACAAGGUGAUGACGUCGGACAACAGCACCAACUUCCAGGUGAUCGGUCUGAAGCCGUUCACGGUGUACUCCUUCCGAGUGCUGGCAGUCAACGCCAUCGGCGCCAGCAAACCCAGCAAGGAGUCCUUCUACAUGGUCACGCUACGUGAAGUGCCGGAGGGAAAGCCGACCAUCGUGCACGCGCAAAACACGAGCAGCUCCACCAUCCGUAUACAGUGGACGGCUCCCCCGAGGCACACAAUCCACGGCGAAUUCGAGGGCUACCGCAUCACCUACCGGCCUAGGGACAAGCCGCAAGAGGAGAGCCGGGAAAUCGUCGUACGAGACAGCAAACAGACGCAAUACACCAUCCGGAACUUGGAUACAUUCACUCAGUACCUGGUGUCUCUGCAAGUGUUCAACCCUGCCGGACGAGGACCGGCUGUGGUUGUGCCGGUCAUGACCGACGAGGGAGAGCCAAGCCCACCUGUGAACGUGACGGUGGUGGGCGUGACGGACAACACGGUGCGGCUGAAGUGGCGGGAACCUGAGAAGCCCAACGGGGUUCUUCAGGGAUACUACGUCUACUUUCAUCCGUCGCGCAACGGCUCAGCACAGCAGCAACGCCGUACAGUCUCCCACCCGCAGCCCAUUCAGGAAUACGCGCUCACCAAUCUCCGGCCAUUCUCGUACUACAACAUCUGGGUGAAGGCCUUCACGCAGAAACAUCUCGGGGAAUCUAGCAACCUGCUCAAGAUACAGACGGACGUCCAGGGCCCCAGUGCGCCGAUCAUAGUGAACCUGACCUGCCAGUCAUUGGACAGUCUCUUCCUGCAAUGGGAGCGGCCGCAGACCUACUACAACAAAGUGGACUACUACUUUGUGCACUACCGCUCGGAGGAGGCCUGGGGCUUUGAGGAGAUCGCCAUGGCUGCCACCGACCGGCUAGACCAUGUCAUGUUCAUACCAAACCUGACGGCCAACACGCUGUACGAGGUGAAGGUGCAGGGGGCGACGCGGAGUAUCAUUGACCAGACGACCGUGUUCAAAGGGCAGUUUUCUGAUUCCCGGAAGGUGCUCCUCCAGAGUAAGUGUCAGACCUUCAACGAUGGUGCCUAUUCCGAUCCCAGCCUGAGUGCCGCCGUGGUGGCCGGUGUGGUGUGCGUGUCGUUUGCGCUGUUUCUGGCCAUCAUCUCCUUUGUUCUGUGGAAAAAGUAUUUUCAGGCCGCUUACUAUUACUUGGACGACCCUCCAGGAAACAGAGCUUCGCCGCAACUUUCUGAAACCUUUGACGACUCGGAGUAUGCUUCUGUGCACGUGAGCCAAUGGGCGAAACACGUGGCUGACCUUCAUGCCGAUGGAGAUAUCGGGUUCUCGAGGGAGUACGAGUCUCUCCAGCAGGCUACAGAUUUGGAUCUGUCUUCAGACUAUUCCCAGAUGGCAGAGAACAAGGGGAAGAACCGAUAUGUCAACAUCGUGGCAUAUGACCACACACGUGUUAUAUUGAAGCCUACCCCUGGCCAGAAGAAAUCAGCUGACUACAUCAACGCUAACUACAUUGAUGGUUACAACAAACCUAGGGCCUACAUAGGCACCCAGGGCCCCCUGCCCUCGACUUUUGACGACUAUUGGCGCAUGAUCUGGGAGCAGAGGGUCUGCAUCAUCAUCAUGAUCACCAACCUGGUAGAAAGAGGACGGCGCGCUCGUAGCGUUUCGGCAGAGUUGGAUGAUCUUCGUAAGUGUGAUAUGUACUGGCCAAAGGAAGGUACUGAGACCUAUGGCAUAAUCCAAGUGAAGCUGGUCCAGGAGGUUGUCAUGGCAACAUACACCGUCCGAACCUUUGCGAUCAAGAACAUCAAAGUGAAGAAGAAGCAGGCGUCUGAGCGGACGGUGUACCAGUAUCACUACACCAACUGGCCAGACCAUGGGGUACCAGACCAUCCUCUGCCAGUCCUCAGCUUUGUGGCCAAGUCUUCUGCUGCCAACCCUCCCACUGCAGGACCCAUGAUCGUGCACUGCAGUGCUGGUGUAGGAAGGACGGGCACCUACAUCGUUCUGGAUGCCAUGCUCAAGCAGAUGCGGCAUCGGCAGAGCGUCAACGUCUACGGCUUCCUGCGGCACAUCCGCCAGCAGCGAAACUACCUCGUCCAGACCGAGGAGCAGUACGUGUUCAUCCACGACGCUCUGCUCGAGGCCAUCGAGAGUGGAGACACGGAGGCUGGGGUCUCACAGCUGUCUCGCUACGUGCAGAGCUUGCAGACAGCUCAGGUUGGAAACACAGGGAGCGGGGACAAUAUUGACAAGUCCUGGUCACUCCUAGAGAAGCAGUUCAAGCUGGUGACGGUAUUCAAGGCGAAAGAUUUCAAUGUGGUGUCAGCUGUGAAGCCCUGUAACAAGGCCAAGAACCGGUCACUCAACUUGAUUCCCAUCGAGUCACACCGGGUGCACAUCACCCCAAAGCCGGGCACGGAUGGCUCGGACUACAUCAACGCCACUUUCCUACAAGGUUACAACAGGUUGCGGGAGUACAUAGUAACGCAGCAUCCACUAAUGACGACCAUGGCCGACUUCUGGCAGAUGGUCUGGGACCACAACUCGCAGACGGUCGUGGUCCUCUCGGUCGUCGACGAAAAGGAGUACCCGCAGUUCUGGCCCGACACAGACGAGGAGCAGGACUAUGGGAGCUUUAAGGUGAAGCCCACGAGCGACGAGACGGCCACGACGGCGUCGACGGACACGGUGCCGGCCGACGAGAAGCCGAGCGGGGGCCCAGGCUUGGUGAGCCGGGACUUCAUCUUGCAGUCGACGCAAGACGACUACGAGCUGUCCUGCCGUGUGAUCCAGUGCCCGGGCUGGCCCCAGGCUUGCACCCCCAUGGCCACCCUGUUUGAUCUGAUUCGCACGGUGGCCGCACGACAUGCCGAGGACCUCAACGGCCCCGUCGUCAUCGUAGACAAGUGUGGAGGUACGGAGGCAGCCACCUUUUGCUGCCUCUCAUCGCUCUACAAGCAGCUUGAGAGCGAAAAAUGCGUGGAUGUGUACCUGUACGCAAAGCUGUAUCACAUGAGGAGGCCUGGAAUAUGGAAAUCUCAGGACGACUUCCUAUUCCUGUACCGAGCAGUCGAAAGCCUGCUGGCUGUGAGUAAUAGCCCGGCGGCGGCGGCGCCAAUCCUCGCCAACGCCACGAACGGCCAGCUCACCAGCAACGGGCAUGCGGUCAAGAUUGAGGAAGUCGCCGGGAAGAUAGAGAGCCCCGACUGAAAGAAGGCCGAGCACAGUCACUUCUUCCCCUGUCCAGCUGUUCGCCGCGAUGGCGUGCGCUCACCUUUGCUUCUUCUGGUCAUCCCGAGCUUGGCACCGAAUGAGAUUUUUUUUUGUUCCCACGCCUCGUUUUUGUGCCGGUUGCAUCGCUUCGUUUCCGUUCUCGAGGUAAAAGAGAGGACAACCGAGGAACUUUGGAAGGCAGAGAGAUCAGCUGUGACCAAACGCAGAGAGCGUCGGUGCAUUCUGCCUCAUGACGUGCACAUUCUGGUAAUGUUCGAAAUGCGCGCGCACAUGUGUUUUUCGGAUGUUCGUCCUCCAUUGCCCCGCAAGUGUGAGCAGUCUGAAAGCUCCCAUUUUCACGGCGAAACGUUGCAUGUAUCGGAAGAUGAGAGAGCAAAAAAGAAAGAGUGUUGCUGGAAGAAUGCCAUGCUCAUCUGGCAGUCUUAACGACGGAGCUAUCGUGCUAGGUGCAGAGCAUGUCUGCAUCCUUAGUUUGAAAACGGACGAUUUUGUCUGAUUCAGGGCAGCUGGUGAAAUUCACAUAGGUUGGAAACAGACUCUCUAUAAAUGUUAGGUCUGAAAACGAAAAAUUGUAGCAGGUAAUGCAACGUUGUAGUGGUUGAUCACUACUUUUACUGUGACUUGAACUUCAGAUUCAAUUUGGAAAGUUACGUUGGCAAAGCCUGACACUUGUUUGGGGUGCCUUGCUAUGUAUAAUGCCCCUGAUUGAGCAAUACCACGAAAACCCCGGAGCAGCCGGGAUUCUGAACCAGAGCAGCAUCGUUCGGUGGGCUCAUUUUUCUAUGCCGCGGUGUCUUUUCAAACCUUCAGAAAGGACGGCCAGUUCUGUAAAUGGUGUAAGAUAGUUGACAUUAAGUUGUACAUUAUUGCGCGUCAUGUUUCACUUCACAUCGCCGACCGAUUGUGUAGAUUUUUUUCUUUUUACCUUUUUUUUUUCUCGAUUUGUGUUUGUUCAGUCAGCUGUCUGCUAAAAGCAAUGUUCUUACUGUUUUCAUGCUUAGUAGUGGCCAACUGCUUUUGGAUGAAGUGUGUUUGUUUUUUCUCAUCGUGGGUGAAUGAGCCCACGAGGGAGAAAAGCGAUGCGUUUGGGGAAUGGGUGCUGAACGCACACAAGGCUGUCACUGCCAGAUGUACAUCGCAACACCUGUAGCCUAGAGGGAACGCAUCCCUCCCAGCUGUCGUGAUAGUUUGAAGUCAACAAGCACAAAAGGGCUUGGCUCUCUGCAGGUUCAGUAGAUGAACCCUGUCUUCAGCACUGCCGUUUUAUCGUUUUUUGUUGUUGUUGUUAUUUUUUUUUUCUGCUGGGCUUUGCGUUUAGGUUUCAUACCUUUACUCACUUUAUUUAUUUUCCGCGCCGCUACAUUAAGAGAUUUUGUUUAUCGUAAGGAAGGAAACCUAGUUAUUAUUGGUGUUUAACGAAAGACGGACAGUUCCGAGUGACUGCCAAGGCCUUUUUUGGGGCAAGACAGGAGUUGUGUUUUGAGUUCCACGCCUCUGAUGAUGACACAGCGCAGACGAACGAUGCGGUCGGAAAUUACGACGACGACGGCGACAACGGCAAAAACAACAGAGACAGCGCGAUCAAAACAAGAGACAGCCAAUGAUGAAAGGCGCGGGGAUGGAAGAGACAAGACAGGAGUAUGCAGCGUGCGAGCAUGCGCGAAGGGGCCCCGCACACAACGGAGACGUGCCAAGUUGCGCAACACACGCGCGCGUUCAGUUGCAAGCCUCGACAGAACAUGAAUAAACGGCCUUGACGUCGAUAACAACCGCCCCCGCCCCAUUGCCCCCAGCUCCCAACGAGAAACGACGCCCCCCGAUCCAGCAGCAACAACUUCUAGUCUGAUAUCAUCUAUGUGCUGUCAAUGUUCUGCAUAUUUUUAUUAUUAUUUUUUCCUUUCCUUCACUUCUGCUCACAUUCAGGCUUUUCAAGAUUUCAUGCACCAAGCGAACGAGCGUAGGUGUGCAUUUUUGUUGAUGUCCAUGGUCUUCGACUCUUCACGCUUGUUGUUGUGUUUCGUAUUAUGUCGCAGGUUUCCCACUGUCGUCGUUUCACCUUACCCCAUCACUAACAGGCAUAGUUUUUCUUACCUACUACUGGUUUCAGACCAGAUGAAGCCAUGGAAAGAAAAAAACGAAAUACUCGACAGCAUAGCUGUUUCAUCUUUCUAAAGGGCACGCACUUCUUUUGUAUCUAUUCCUUUCUGAGCAGGCAUUUACUUUCCUCAUCAGCCCUUUGUCAGCGUACUGUGUCUAUACAAAACAUUUUCCUCCUAGCCCCAUUCCUCAACGUCUUCAGCAUGCUCUUUUUUUUUUCUUUUUU